AGUAAAGAAGGUGCAACUGGUUCGGUAAAUUUAAACCAUGUGGCUGAUAUGGUGCAAAAGCAGCAAACUUCUCCAAUAAAUGAAUUUGAGAUCUCCCAUGACAGUGAUAGCAAUGCAUGGCAUGUUACAGGAUCAGGUUUACAACGCUUUGUCCAAAUGACAAACUGGAGAUACAUAGAUUCUGCGAAAAGGUUUCAACAUGUUCUGGAGGCAUGUGGUGUGAAUAAGUCUCUCAUCAGACUUGGUGUGAAGGAAGGUGACACUGUUUUUGUUGGGGAUAUGGAGUUGGUAUGGCACGAUGCUCCUGACAAUGCUGGUCCCUCAAGUGUGAGGAGGUGGGCGGAAGAUUCAGUUAAAUGAUCUUUGUUGAUAUCGUCCACUCAAGCUGUAUCAUUGCUAGGAAAUGCUGGGAAUAGUCGCAGGUAAAUCUGGGGCACUUGUAAAAUAGUGCCAUCAUCUGUAGCUUCGGGCAAUAGUAAGCUUACGCUGUGUAAUGCUUUUCCCUUUAAUGGUUGAUUGGAGGAAUAUGAAAGCAGUACUCAUUGAUUCUUUUAUCAAUUUGUGUGAGACAGCUAAAGUUCACUCGAGGUGAUGCUUUCUGUGGCUGCCCAUGUACGAAUAGAAGCAGGAUUACAUUCAUAUUAGUGGUGUAGACAAUGAAGCAGUUGGCUUUUGAGUUCCUUAAAUUGUUGUAUUCGAUGGUUGAUGUGUUGAAUCUUUGGAUAUGCAGAAUCAUCAUGUAGUUGUAAAUUGCAGAUUCAAACCUACAAUGUCCUUAAGAGUUUAUGCUGAUGCGGAGGCAGAUUUUGCUGCACAUGCUUUUAUUACCAGGGAGCUUGAUGACCUCGCCUUUUAGCCAUUGUAAGAGUGGAUCAUGUUUCGUGCUCGAUUGCUUGGUUCAUUUCUGAGCUUCGCAUUCAGGUCUGGCCAGAUUGAGAAGUCGUCAAUGUUGUAAAUGUAGUGUUUGGCACUUAAAAUCCAGUCUGGAUUUCGAUUUGCUGGUCUCUCCUUGUAUUGUUUGUCGUGUUCAACUGGAUAUUAUCCAGCUUACUCUAAUGAACUUAACGAGUCAUCUUUUCUGACUUGAUCACCACCUUGGCGCUAGAUAAUUAGAAAUCUGUUGUAACAAUGAUAAUUAAGCACUCUUCUUCCUCUCAUUUC